GUACAUCCCUGCGCAGGCGCACUCGUUUUGCUGCAUUAAGUUCUCCGUCCUCUGAAGACUUCUCAUUCGGCUCAAACUCAGGUUUGUCGUACUACUGCCAGCAUGGACGGGGAGCCUCUUUCAUCCUUGGGUACCCCUGCUUUGGUAGUCGAUGUGGAGAAAGUAAAGAAAAAUGCCCAAUCUAUGAUCGAACGGUGUGAGAAGCUGGGAGUUCAGCUUCGCCCUCACAUGAAGACCCACAAAACCCUUGAGUGUGCUGACAUAAUGACAGGAGGGUCACGGCGGUGCAUUGUGGUUUCCACUCUGGCAGAGGCCUGUUUCUAUGCCAACCAUGGAUUUGAUGACAUCCUCUACGCUUAUUCCCUUCCUUUCGAUAAGGUGGAGCGGUGUGCCAUCUUGUCCGAGAGGCUGGAGCUCUUCCAGGUUUUACUGGACCAUCCCCAAGCUCUGGAGCAGCUCAAAAAGCGACCUUUGAGAGACGGUCGACUGUGGCGGGUGUGGUUAAAAUUGGACUGUGGCAACGGGAGAGCCGGCAUCCUCCAUUCAGAACCCGACGCGCUCAAACUAGCGCAGGCCAUCGCCGGGACGCCCGGCGUGGACCUAACAGGGGUGUACGCUCACUGCGGGAACACCUACAACUGCACGGGAGUGAAGGAAAUCCAGGCCGUCGCCAAGGAAACCACCGACCUCACUCUUCAGUUCAUGGGAAGAUUGAAGGCUGUCGGCAUAAGCUGCAAAUCAAGCAUCGGCUCCACGCCUUCCUGUAGUCACCCGGUCCGAGACAUGGCGCAGCUGAGCGAGGUGCACCCAGGAAACUACGUCUUCUACGACGAGCAGCAGUCUUUGAUUGGCUCGUGCAGUUUGGACGACGUGGCCGUGCGCGUUUUGACCCGAGUCAUUGGACAUUGUCCCCACAGGAACCAGCUAUUGAUUGACUGCGGGUGGACCGGUUUAAGUUUGGAUGGUGCUGGCAAACUUCCGAGCGGAUAUGCCGUGAUUGAAGGGCAUCCCGACCUCAAGCUUCUGUCUAUGACCCAGGAGCAUGGAAGAGUGGAGUCCAUCGUGGGGAAGCUGGAUUACGGCAAGCACCCUCUGGGCUCUCUGCUCACGCUGGUGCCGUACCAUGCGUGUGCUACGGCGGCGAUGCAUCCUGUCUAUCACGUGCACAGUCAGGGCAUUCUUCAGGGCAAGUGGACGCCGACGCGCGGCUGGUGAAUAUACAAUGCGUGCUCAUGCCGUGAAUAACCGCUACAUUAAUUCAAUAAUGAUGGAUGACUGUAGAUUAGGGCUGGGCGAUAUGGCCUUUUUAUUAAUAUCUCAAUAUUUUUAGACCAUGUCACGAUACACGAUAUACAGAUAUAUAUGUGGAUAUUUUGCCUUAGCCUUGAAUGAACACUUGAUGCAUAUAAUCACAGCAGUAUGAUGAUUCUAUGUGUCUACAUUAAAACAUUCUUCUUCA